UUGAGGACAGCUCAUGAAUCGCAGCUGAUUCUGGUAAACCACAAGCUGAACCUAUAAAGCGUUUAAGUCCGUGGCUGUUUUCAGACUUGCACAUUUCCAACACUUGGCUACUGUUCCUUGAACCUUGGCGAUGAUUGGCUGACAACCAGGUGGGUGGAUCAGCAGGGGGGGGAAAGUAAACAUCACCCCAGGCUUUGCCACUCUGUACCUCUCUUUGGCUGCACAGUUCACUUUUGGCUCAGGUCAGACACCAGCUCACCUCGCGGCUUCUCUUCCUCAGCCAUGACGAUGACUGUUGCCAUGGUGAUGCUGUGCAUGAUGAUGGUACAUGCAAAUGUGAAGCCGCAGAAAGAUUUUAGCCUGCAGAAGUUUGCAGGAAAAUGGUAUCGCGUGGGGGUCGCCUAUGACUCUCCGCGUUUCGUCCCAUUCCGAAGAAUAAUUAAGGCCUCCAUGGGCACCAUCACGCCGCUGCCAAACGGCAAUGCUAAUCUCACAAUGUGGGAGGCAACAUCCUUUGGUUGUGUAAUCAAAAAGUACCAGUAUGAGAGGGCGAGUGUACCUGGACAGUUCACCUACUUCAGUGCACGCCAUAACAUGGUGAAGGACAUCACUGUGGUGGAAACAAACUACACUGACUACGCCAUGGUCCUUAAGCACAAGGUUUUCAACAGAGAGUACACACAGGUGGCACUUUAUGCUCGCACUCUGAGCGUCAGGCCUGAAGUCGUACAGAAGUUUAAAACCUUUGCCUUGUCUCGCGGUUUACCAAGAGAGUCUAUUCUGAUUCCACCUCCAGCAGAAAAUUGCCCGCCAUCAGGGUCUGGGCGUUAGGUUCCCUGCUGUGCCUGAGAUGAGGGUGGCAUCACGUGUUCUUCGUGCUGUUCCAGCUGUGUGUCUGUGUCCAGUUUCUGACAGCAUUUAUGUAUUAUAAACUAUUAUUAAAAAAAACUUCA